AUGCCUCCAACUUCGACCUCCCUCGGGGCGCCCUCCCAACCGACGCAGCCCUCGCGCAAGGGCAAAAAAGCAUGGCGCAAAAAUGUCGACAUAACCACUGUCACUACGGGCCUAGAGAGUCUCCGCGACGAAAUCAUCCAGCAUGGAAAGCCCCUGGCGGAGAAGGAUGCGGCCGAACUCUUCACGCUGGACACGACGGGGUCGAGGGAGGAAGUGCUGCGCCAGGCCAAGGCGGUCAAGAGUGGUCACAAGAGCCGGGUUUUGAAAAUGGACGAGAUCCUGGGGCGGAGGAGUGCGGUGCCCGCGCUGGAAAAUUCCAAGAGGAACAAAAGAGGGCUCAGCGCCGCUGCGGUGACAGACGGCGUGGUCGAACCGUCGAGCAAAAGGCAAAAGAAGGACUGGGUGAGCAAGAAGGAAGUGGCCCGGCUGCGGACCACUCUGGACAAGACGUCGCAUCUGGACGUCGAGAACAUCGACGACGCCACCUCGUCAUUUGAUCUCUGGGCCGACCACGACAUGUCCUCCGACGCCGUCAAAUUAGGCAAUGAUUCUAAAACUACGGCGUAUCUCACCGCGACAGCGGAAAACGAAUACAUCCCCAAACCCCGCGCCAAAGUCGCUCCGCCGACCAUCCACCAUCCGCCCAUCGCCCUGACAUCGACGGGCCAGCCUGUCCAGGCCGUGGCGCCACCCGACGCGGGACAGAGCUACAACCCAUCCUUCGAGGACUGGGACUCGCUGCUGACGCGCGAAGGCGAGAAAGAAGUCCAAGCCGAGCAGCGCCGUCUCCGAGAGGCUCAGCUGGCGGCGGAGAAGCAGGCACGAAUCGACGAACUGGCUCGACAGCCUGAUCCAAGGCCUGAGGACAACCCGGAGAGCGAAUGGGAAGGGUUCGAGACGGAGGAUGAGAGCAAUAACCCGCUGGAGCUGUUGAAGCGAAAACGGCCGGAGCGCAAGACACCCGCUCAACGGAACAAGAUCAAGCGGCGCAAGGAGGCCGAGCGGCUCGCCAAACACCAGGCGCGAAUGGCAGAGCGGCAGAGACGGGGCGAAGAGAUCGUGCAGGCCCUGCUCGAGCAACAACGGGAACAAGAGCGUGGCGAUGACCGUGGCCACGACGAGAAAUCAUCCACCACCACCCCAGCAGGCGCCGCGGCGGCCGAGGUCCUUCUGCGGCGCAAAGCGACGUUGGGACCGUCGAGAGCGUCGAUCCCACCGGCGCCCCUCGAACUAGUCCUACCAGACGAGCUGCAGGAUUCCCUGCGCCGACUGAGACCCGAGGGAAACCUGCUGUCGGAGCGGUUCCGCAAUAUCCUGGUCAACGGCAAGCUCGAGGCGCGGAAACCCGUGUCCUACGCCGCGAGCAGGAAGAGGAGGGUCAAGGUGACCGAGAAGUGGUGGUCCAAGGAUUUCGCCCUGCGUGUCUAG